GUCAUCCUCCCGGAAGUGUGCAUUUGGUACGAAAAUAAAUCUACGCGCGAUUAUACAUAGCUAACGUUACUUGCAGGUCACAGUUUCUGAAUUAUUUUCUCACUUUUGGUUUAGCGAAUCAAAACUGUAAGAAACUAACUACUCCUUAUCAAGAACUGUCAUCAUGGCCAAUUUGAAUGAAGCUGAUUUACCACCAAAUCUGACUUGCCUCAAAAAUGUUGAUACCAUUCUCCGAUGUCCCAUUUGUUUCGAAUUCCUGAGUAUCGCAAUGAUGACCAAAUGCUCUCACAACUUCUGCUCUUUGUGCAUAAGAAAAUUUCUGUCCUACAAAUUACAAUGUCCAGUAUGCAAUUCACCUACAACAGAACAGGACCUAAGAAACAACCGGAUACUGGAUGACCUGGUCACAAACUUUAAAUCUGCAAGACAGCAGUUGUCAAAUGCUAAUUUUGACUCGCCUCCAAUAUCCCGGAAGGCCCCGGCCUCAUCUGUCAAGUGUAAAAAACCUAGACAAACAACGGCCCCCAAGAAGGAGGCCUCCAUCUUCAAUCACUUUUUCCGAAAGGGGCCCACCACCUCCACAACUUCUCUCACUACAGAGGCCACGCCAGCACAGCAACCUAUUCCAUGCAGAAAGAGACUGUCUGACACUCCUCUACGUAGCCAAACUGUGAAGGAGGGCCCCCGUCCUACACAGACUGUGAAAGUAGACCCUGAUCAUCAGGUCUCUGUGAAGGAGGAGCCCAUUGAGGACAUACCGCCCCAGGUGCUGGUGUCUGUAAAGAUGGAGAAGAUUGACUUCUCCAUGACAGGGCUGGCGUCCCUGGCUGAUUCACAGUCCUCAUCACAGGACCUGAAGCCUCUAGUUAAAGUGGAGUGUCCUGUGUGUUCUGUGGGCAUCCUUGAACAGUUCAUCAACAAGCACCUGGACAGCUGUCUGACCCAAGGGGAAAAGAAGGAGAGCCUUAGGAGCUCCCUAGGUGCCAAGAGGAAGCCGAUGAGGAAGCUGGUAUACACACUGCUGUCUAUGCAGGAGCUGAAGAAGAGGCUGAAGGAGUGCCACCUCUCUGCCCAGGGCACCAGAGACCAGCUGGUCAGGAGGCACCAGGACUUUGUACACUUCUACAAUGCCCAGUGCGACGCCCUCGAACCGAAAUCAGCCAAAGACAUCGCCAAAGAAGUGGAGGCCAACGAGAAGGCCAGGAAACAACUGCAGGGGAAAACCAAAUGUGCUAUGGUCUUCUCUAAGAACCAAAGUCUGGGGCAAAUCGAUGAGAUGCAUUCAACUUACAGGAAGCAGCAUAACAGUGAGUUCUCCCGCCUUAUCGCCCAGGUCCGGGGUCGCAUGGAGACUGCGAGGACGAGGGAGAUAAAGCAGGAAGUGAGGGAUGAGGGAGGAGAGGAGGACCAGGGAGUGGGCUCCAGCUCUGCAGAUAAGGCAGCACAACAGGAACAGAGUGAUCCCAGCCUCAGUGACUCAGAGGCCUGCUGCGUAUUGAUGACAUCACCAGUGGAGGAGCCCUCUGAGAAGCAGCAGCAGCCUUCUGUUGUAGCGGUCAUCUCCAGGUCACCCAGCCCAUGUCUCAGUGAGGUGUCCAUCAGCAGCUCCGUCUCCGACAUCUUCGCUGGCAGAUGCUAUGAAGUUUUGGAGAACGCCUCGAGUGGGAAACGGGCUUCCUGCUCCAAGGAGGAAGACUCUUCACUGCCACUUGUCCUGGGAAAACGAGCCCGGAAAACCUGGGAAGAGGACAGGAAGGAGUCGAGCUGAACUCUGUUAAACGCCUUCACCUUUAUCUAAUUUCUUUAAGCAAAUGUUCAGGGUAUAGCAUGUUAAGCAAUACAUUUUAUUUGUCAUUUUAUAACUUGGUUGUUCCACCAAUUAGAUACAUUUUGAGUGGUGAAACUUGGUGGAGAAAAACCCAGUUUAUUUCACCUAAUUGUAACAUUCUGUCAUAAAGAGCACAUAUGUGUAAUUGUUUUUUAACACUGGAUAAAAGUAGAGACUCAGAGCUACAAAUUGGUAUAUCAUAUACUGCAUUUUUGAGGAACAAAGGGAAACUAAUUCUGCUUUGAAACUUGAUACAUUUUUAACCUCGCUUUCGAGAAAAGGACCUUUGAAUGUUUUGGUACCUACUGGAGACCUCUCCUUUGUCCAUACGCAUUCAGCAUUGUUCAGACCCUGUUAAGCCAGCCCCACCCAUCUCUUUAAGGAUUCACAUGUGAGGUCAUGUGCUAAACAGUGAGUAGUGUAGUAAAGAUUAAGACGUAAAGUAGUAGCCUACGAUAAGGAAAAAUUCCAGGAAAACAGAAAGUAAAAAUAUUUUAUAAAUAUUAGAUUACGCUUACCCAGACACACUUGUCUAAAUUGAUGGGUCAUGUGAAAGAAAUUCUAUAAACCCCAGCCACAUCCAGUGGUGGGAAAAGUACUAAAUGGUCAUACUUGAGUAAAAGUAAAGAUACCUUAAUAGAAAAUAACUAAAGUAAAAGUCACCCAGUAAAGUACAACUUGAGUAAAAG